CUCGGAAGGAGAUGCUCUCUCUCUCUCAUUGACGGUCGAUUUUACACACCCUCCGCAGCUGCAGACCAUCCGCUGUGCAUCCGUGCCAUUUCAUACACACCUUGCAAUUCAGACGAUCGGAGAUCGGAGCAUUUAGAAAAGUGAAUCCGAUGGCACAGUGGACAAUACUUUUGGUGUCUUUAUAUGGAGUUCUGCAUGGACAAGAGAUUCAGCUUCCUUCUAUACAAUAUUGCUGUCAGGAUGGGAUGACUCGGGCCCAGAACAGACAAGCCUGUACAAUCCUCCCGCUCAUCUCCUCCUCUCACAUCUGCAGCGUCGCCCAGGAGCAGUGCUGUGCAGCAGCAGUAGAAGAUCAACUCUGUGACAACGGUAUCGAGAUGGCCAAGGGGCAAGGGGCCUGUGAGAGGCCCUUCUUUAAAGGAGAGCCCUGGGAAACCAAAAUCUCUAAGAUGUGUUGUGACUGCUGUACGCUCGGCCUGAUGAUGGCAAGCCGGGGUUCAAGCUGUGAGCUCCAGGGUUUGUUGCUGGGGAGACAGUGUGCAGACUCAGCUAAAUUCUGCUGUGGCAAAAACACAACAGAGGAAACCAUACCAAGUAUUAAUGGGACAGAAAACCCUUAUGCCAGAGUUACCGUUACCACCAUGCCUCCUGUGAGAUUGAACCCCUGUACAGACUCCCCUUGCUCCCAGUUGUGUGUAGGUAAUGGUCUAUGUGCUUGUCUUGGUGGCUAUCGUUUGCAAAAGGAUGGAGUGACUUGUGAGGAUGUCAACGAGUGUUUGAAUGGCACUCACACCUGCGUCCUCGGCCAAGUUUGCAUUAACACAGAGGGUUCCUUUCGCUGUCAGAGGGAAACCAGCUGUGGCACCGGUUAUGAACUUAGAGAUGACAACAAUUGCAGAGACAUUAACGAGUGCACUUUGGGGACCCAUAACUGUGGAGCAGAAUUUGUGUGCACCAACACAGAGGGCUCAUUCCGCUGCCACCCAAAGGAGACGUGCCCAGGCGGUUUCAUUCAGGACGCCAUCGGCAGCUGUAUAGACAUAAACGAGUGUGUGGCCCACACCAGUCCAUGCCUGCCUGGCCUGACGUGUGUCAACACAGUGGGCUCCUACACCUGUCGCAGAAACACAGUCACCUGUGGACGCGGCUAUCGUCUAACUGAGGAUGGCACACGUUGUGAAGAUGUGGAUGAGUGUCGUUCAGGGAACGUGUGUGUCAACCAUGGUUGUGUCAACCUGGUAGGCCAUUACCGCUGUGAAUGCAGAACUGGCUUCCUCUUCAACAGUAUCACCAAACGGUGUUACGACAUCAAUGAGUGCAGACAUUAUUCCGGGCGACUCUGCGCCCAUAAGUGUGAGAACACAGAGGGCUCCUACAAGUGCAGCUGCACCGUCGGCUUCAAGCUGUCCCAGGACGGCAGAAACUGUGAAGAUGUCAAUGAGUGUGAAGCCAACCCUUGCAGCCAGGAGUGUACAAAUGUCUUUGGCUCAUACCAGUGCUACUGUCGCCGUGGUUACCAGCUAAGUGACAUCGAUGGGAUAACAUGUGAAGAUAUUGAUGAGUGUGCUCUGCCUACUGGAGGUAAUGUGUGUACCUACCGCUGCUCCAACGCCCCGGGAAGUUUUCACUGUACCUGCCCACCCACAGGCUACACACUUGCGGACAAUGGACGCACAUGCCUAGACAUUGAUGAAUGUGCAGCUGGUAUACAUAACUGUUCUGCAUCUGAGACCUGCUUCAACAUCCAGGGAGGAUUUCGCUGUCUGUCCUUUUCGUGUCCUCAAAACUUCCGGGCAGCAGCACAAGGAUCCAAACGAGAUGCUUCAGUCAAUCUGCGUUGUAGUAAGGUCUGCCAAGCUCAUGACAUCAACUGCAAUCGCGCCACCUUGCACCUCAUCACCUACACCUCCGUCUCUCUGCCAACCUUCAGAGACUUCAGUAAACCAGAAGAAAUAAUUUUCCUGCAGACAGUUACGGCGGCUAACCCUGCUCCUCCCCCCGAGGCCACCAGUGUUUUCUUUGACAUCCUGGCUGCAGAUGAACAGUUCUCGUUUGACGUGGAGAAGCGCUCCCAACAGGGCAUGAUUGUGGGUGUGGUUCGGCAGGUGAAACCUAUCAUUGGCCCCAUGGAGUUUGAGUUAAAGGUAGCUAUGAACUAUGUCAUGUCAGGGGACGUUUCCCAUAGCAACGUUGUCGUCAUUCGUGUCUUCAUCUCGGAGUUUUGGUUCUGAGCUGAGCUAAGGAGUGAACAAUCAGCAAUACAACCCAUAACGUGGAAAUGUUUUUAGUAUCUGUAGGUGCCACACUUCUCUUGCUCAACAUUCAAAAACACCCAAGAUGUUAAUGCUGUUGCAUGCAAGAUGAGAUAAUUUAAUUUGCAUAUGUUUUAGAUGUACUGAAAACAUUCAGGUAAUUAGUUUACAAUAGGUCUUUGUGUAUUUUCAACACUAAUAUAUAUUGUAUAUUUCCUCAUUUUAGUCAGUUAGCAUGCCAACUAAUUUGCACUAAAAACAAGCUGGGGAUAAUGGGAUUGUCAUUAGUGGUUAAUCAUAAACCAACGUACUGGAAAAGGUGAAAAGUUGACCUGGUGGUGGCAUUGAAUGGUCAGGAGAUUGCCAAAACUUUUAGGAUACACCAUGUGUCAGUCAUGAAUGUCUGUACCAAAUUGUUGCCAAUCUAUCUGAUAGUAAUAGUAAUAAUAUUUAAGUGGUGAUGGACUGACCAACCAACCAACAUCGUAACACUUUAUAGAGCCACGCCGCUAACAUGGCUAAAAAGUUAUUUUUCACUUAUAAAAAUACUAAUUUUUCACUUGAUACCUCUACCCCAGAUGUGUUGAAAAUACAUUUGAAAAAAAUAAAAAAUAAAAUAAUGUAACAGAUAAACAGGGUGCCCUUAUCUCCUUGAUCUGUCUACCGUGUUUAACUUGAAUUCAGACUUUGUUGUUAUGAGUGCCACUAUAAUAAUAAUAAUAAUGUUCAUUGACCUGUGGAACUAAUACUUGCUCCAUUUCAUCUGUUUUGACGGACCAUACAUGACAUGCUUCAUUUGAUAAUAAAAGCUUAAUCUAC